AUGAAUAAUUCGUUGAUAGUCAGGUUACAGGUGAUUCUGAUUCUGAUCCCAGAACAGAUCAAGUCCGACAACCGGAAUACAACCUUUGAAUCUCGCUUGAGUUCAAUCGCGUUGAACAUUACUUGGUGCGGGCCACAGAAAGCGGUUGCAAGGUUGAAUUUUAAGCGAUAUUUGGAUCCUCAGAUAACAAUGCUUGUUUAUUCGCAUCAAGCUCUUAUCCGACUGGAUAAUCAGAGAUUGAAGCCGGUCCUCUCAAAAACAGGAAGGAAAAUGCAUUGUAGGUUGAGAGACUCAAGAGGCAGGUGUUACAAGGUCACGCUUCUUGCCUCCUCAACCACGGUUCGUGUCACUCAGCUCACUCACUCACUCACUCACUCACUCAUUGCACCUCAACAGGUCCCUUUUCCACUCCAACUUCCACUAUGGAGACACGCUAAACCAGGGAAGCAUGGCGUCGAUCUUCCAAAAUACAAACUAACAAACACUAACUUACCUAAGAUUAAUCGGCGUACCUGCUUGCGUUUGCGCGGUCAAUCAGUUGUGGCUCCUAUUCUAAUAGGAGCCGUCUUUGAAGCCGUUGCAACGCUAACCAAAGACACAUUGGCCCAGGAACAAUUUAACACUGGCAUGCGGGAAAAACAACUGUCAGGGGCUUCAGAAUGGCCAGCGAGCCAAUGUAAGCUCUCGCCUCAAGCCACCGGAUAA